AUGUUUUCUCCGACCAUGAGCGAGGGCGGUCCGGCCACGGCCACGCGAAGCAGAAGACGCCAACGACCCGCCAGCAAUGAAAGCCUUGCUCAACAACCCAAGGCCAAGCGCCAACGUGUGCCUCUGACCGAGCAGACCUUCGUGAACCCCGAAGUCUCGUCUACGCCUGCCUCCGAAAUGUACGAGGUCAAGUCCGACAAAGUUGCGACGCUCGACGUGCGGCAAGACGGCAUCGAAAACCACCACCACCCCAUCACACCAACACCUAGGAAGGAGCUCAGCGUACGCGCGAAGAAGCCCAAGGGCGGCGAAAGACCUACCAAGGGCGAUGGAAGUGUUGUUUUGACGACAAACAACGCUUAUACCGUGAGCAAACUCCCUGCGCUUCCAGACCGUAUCCGUGCAGAUGCCUCAGCUCAGCAGCAUGGCGAGAUUUUUUCCAACGGCUACGCUCUCAGCCUGAGCCAUACCCACGCCAUCGUAUGGCCCUACACGACCCCGACGCAAUCCCCCGAGACCUUUACAUUCACUCUCCCAUACCCUUCCAAGCAUGCUUCGGACCCUCUCCCCUUGGGGUGUCUGGUGUCGCCAUCAGCAUCAUCCAGCGAACCCGGUCUUGUUGUUGUGAUGCCCGUAAGCGGGAAAGUCGCCUACUGGGAGUCCAUUUCGAGCGCCGCAACAUUGGACUUCAUCCGUCAACAGCGGCACGGCGUGGAGGGUUCGAUUUCUGGCAUGUAUUCCGGCGAGAGGGUUAUCCAGAUCACCAAUGCCGAGUCCGCCGGCUUUAUUCUUGCGUUCAGCAGCGGCAGACUGGCCUUCAUGAGCGUACGAGACGGACAUGGCAGACCCACGAUUUCAGUUCAAUUCCUCCGCACGAGCCUCGGACCCGUGAAUGGGGGACUUUUUGGAAGCAUCCGCCACGCCCUCACACACUCAACCGGACGUGGAGAUAUCGCCGCUAUACGGGCGGAGCGUACCACACGCGUCGGCGAGCGCAAUGUUGUUGCUGCAACUCUCAAGGGAAGGCUGCACGCAUGGAGGAUCCACCGUGGAGGGCACCACGAUACCAUUGUCGAGGCGGACAUGCAAGAGGAAAUCGUCGACGCGAUUCGCCAAGUCGAUCCUUCGAGCAGCGAGUUCCACCAAGACACGUUCGAGGUUGUCGACUUCGCGUUCGUGCCGAAGGGAAUGGAAGCCAAGUAUCAGGAUAUGAGCAGAUUAAGCGACGCCAUGGCUUCUGACGACGUCAACUUACAGCAUCUUGUUUUGCUCGUCAGCCUUACAAAGAAGAAGGAAUCCCACUACUCCCUGGUUGAAGUCAUUCUCUCCUCAUCCUCGGCCCAGGUCGGCAUGGUCCGGCCUAUUACAUCCUACAGAGCACGCUACAGCCCUUCAAAUCCGCUGCAGUCCGCCCGACCUCGUCUCUACCUUCCCAGGCCGGCUCUGGUGGCUUUUAUCGUUUUCGACAAGGCGGUGGUUGUUGCGUCAAUCGGCGUUCCUCCCGAAUCGCCCGACUCACAACUGCAGGAGGAUAAUCAUAUUAUUCCCCCAACGUAUGAGGACGUUCUCAGUCUUUCUGACAACAAUGACUCGGAGGUGCUUGGCUCUGGCUUUGAAGAACCUCACAGUGGUCAUGAGGAGUCAAGAAGCCAACGCCAAAAAACAAAGAACCCAGCAGUCGUUUUGAUCGUCCGCGGCACCGGCGUCGUCCGACUGACAACAACAGAUAUAGACAGAUUCGGCAGCGACACGCCCCCCAAAGUCACACCGAAAAGCAAGCUAGAGCAGGCCGUUUUCUUCGGCAACAAACAAGAUACCCCGCUGGUUUUUGACGGAAGAAGAGGCGUUCAAUUUUCGGACAGCGAAGUUGCGGAAGCUGCACUGGAGUUGAGCCAUGAGAUUAUGAGCUCGUCAACACCCUAUAUCUCCACUGUGCCGGCAUCUCUCGAAGACAAUCUCAGCAAUCGUGUCGUUGCUCUGGAACGCCUGAUGCAGCACCUCAAGAUCACUAAGGUCAACUUGGACCGAAAGACUCGAUGGCUGCUGCUUUCACACGCUGAGAAGAUGAUGGUCGCGACCAUUCUUUGGAAGCGUCACGAGGCGUUCACCAACGAGCGACCUGCUGACGACAAGAAGUCCCUGGUUGCCGAAAUCGUCGAAUUCAUUCACCAGGAUGAUAAGAGCAAACCUAACCGCAACGCCGGGGAGGUCGACCGUGUGAGACACUGGUUCGUUCACGACGUUGCCAAGGUUGAGCUCUUCAUUGCCUGGGCAUAUGAAGUGAUCAAGUACAUGUACAAGGACCAUAUCAUGAAUGAUGUCCGCAUCACUCGACUCAUGUACGAAGCGCAGCAACUGAACUUGGUAGCGCUCAUCACGGCCCUUGACUACCGGCAGAAGAAGUUGGCUUUCUACGGUCUUGAAGACGAGGAGCUAGAAUUUGGCAUUCUUCGCGACAACUACGAAGGCCUUUCGGAGCCGUGGACAGGCUGCAACUACAUCUGCAACAACUUGAAGAGAUUGCUCGAGUUGACUCACACAUGGCUCGAUCAAUACUACCCACCAAAUGACAAGGUAAAGGACAAGUCGAAGCAGCCUGAUCCCACUCUGCUUGAGAAGAUCAACUCAGAGAUCUCAAAUCUGACAGAUCAAUACCUGGUGUCUCUUCUUGAAUCAUCGCGCUGGAACGCUGUGCAGCUCGAUGCAAAGACGCAAAAGUGGUCUGAGCACUUGACGAAGCUAUACGACUCGGAGCGCAACGACAAAGUUCUUGCUCUUCUACGCCUUGGCAAGUGGGAUGAGAGCAUAAGCAUUGCUGAAAAGCAUCGAUGCUGGAAAGCCCUGGCCUUGGCCAUGAUCGAACAGAUUAACACCCUCAGAAGCGAGGCAACUCUGUCAAGGUCUCAGACCGAGGCUCGUGAGCUCACGAAGAAGGCAGAAUCGAGGGAAAGGCAGAUUGGCCAAUACUUCGACAAGUACGGCGAGGCCUUUGCUUUCCCGACCUACGAGAUUUUGCUGGACAAUGCCGGCGUGAAAGCAGUCUUGGACUUCGAAUUCGACAACCACGCAUACAGGACCAAGUUUCUUCGUGAAAGGCCCGAGCUUGCCAGGAUAUCUUGGAUCAACGAUAUCCAAGGCGAGGAUGAUAUCGACCAUGCGGCCAAGACCCUUCUCAACCUCGGACUCAAUCGCGAGCAACAGGUCUGGAACAAGAAAAUCGAGCUCAGUCUCGGCAAACUCGCUCUCCUGGCCGAAACGCAAGAGUCAUCCACGCCUGACGUCUUUGGCUUGAAAAGCACAGAGAGUAGCGAGGACUCAUCUCAGUCCAAUGACAAGGUUGCGGCUAUCGACAACGCGCUUUCACUCAUCAAAAUUCAAGACCAGCUCUAUGCCCAGAUCUUCCCCUCGAUCCAGACCGCCGUGGAUGAGACUGCUGAAGUCCAGCUUGCCAUGGAGAACCACUGUUUGCAUAUUCCUAAGAAGCACAAGGCUCUGAUACAGAUCUUUGAGACUAGCAUGCGGCGGCUCGUCAAGCACGAGGCGUUAGAUGCCAAGUCUCUCAUAGAUCUUCUCACGCUCGUCAGCCUUCCUCCGGACACGGUAGCUGAAAUCGCGGACCCCUUCUACCUUGCGCUGUUGGCGGCUUCCUACGAGCUUCAAGGAGAAGAGUUGAAGAUGAUGAAGCGCCUAAUCUGGAGACGCUGCUUCAUCCGUGAUGACUGGGCCAAGAUCAACGACACCCAGUUGAAGGACGACAAUGCCGUCGAGGAGAAGCUUGUCAACACCGCGCUCUUUAAUGCCUUCGUCUCCUGCUACCAGAAUCAAACCAUUGAUGACCCCUACCGUCCAUUCCGUCCGUCUGACGCGCUGGGCGCAUUUACGGAAGAUCUCGACAGCCGCUUCGAUGGUAUGGAGAAGUCCUUCCGUGACAAGCUCCUGGAUGCUAUGAAGUGGGAGGAUUCAGUCCUGCGCAAGUACAUCGAAAAGUCGCGUCUCGAAGAAUGGAGCCGUACGACGGCGGAGACGGCCGAGUCGUUGGUUGCAGAAUCGGUGGACGAUGCCACGCGGGCCGCUACCGAGGAGCUCCCCGAACAGCACACGAAUGGCAAAGCGAAUGGCAUCCACUAG